GCGCGAGCGGGCGACUAGUAGAGUMUCGUGCCAUCCCUCACUGGUCCAGUCCUCCGUCCACAAUGAUUUUCCUGUUUAUGUCGAUGUUCGCUCACUUCUUCCAGUCAGGUUGGACGGGAGUGAAUGAGCGCAGCUUUGUUGCUGUGAAGCCCGAUGGCGUGCAGCGGAGGCUGGUGGGAGAAAUCGUGCGUCGCUUCGAGAAGAGAGGGUUCAAACUCGUAGGUCUCAAACUUGUGCAGGCAUCUGAGGAGCUGCUUAGGGAGCAUUACUGGGACCUGAGGAACAAGCCAUUCUUCAGCUCGCUGAUUAGAUACAUGAGCUCUGGACCCGUGGUGGUAAUGGUGUGGCAAGGUUUGGAUGUGGUCAAAACCGCUCGCAAGAUGUUAGGAGAGACCAAUCCUGCAGACUCGCUGCCCGGAACCGUCCGAGGAGAUUUCUGUGUAGAAGUGGGCAGGAACGUGAUCCACGGCAGCGACUCGGUGGCGAGCGCUCAGAAGGAAAUCUCUCUGUGGUUCCGUCAGAACGAGCUCCAACUCUGGGAGAGCAGCAGCAGGAACUGGAUCUACUGACAGUUAUAAACCAGAGGUCUUUAAUGUGAGUUAAAAAAAAAAAGAUCACAUCUUGCCUCAGACCAAGGAGUUUUGUUUUAUUUGUUUUAACAGUUUGUCGCUCCACAUGCCUUUGCUGCAUUUCUGUUUACAUUUUUCUCUAAAAGAGGAUUACCUCAACAAAGAUGCACUAAGUGAGCAAUAUCUUAGUUAAACACCCUGCUUUUCUGAUUUCUUUAUCAUUUUGUUGAGUCUAGACAAGCAGCUUUUUGUGGAUUUCAAGCAUUAAAAUAUGGAUUUAUGAUACUCACCCUGAGAUUUCAGGUAAUUGGUUCCAAUUUACUCCACAGUUAAUGUUAAUUAAAGGGUGCAUGUCUGUAUUCAGAUUAAAACAUUACGUUCUGYAAAACAACUCAGUUUCCACUGCGGCUAUUAUCGUUUUAAGCUUUACAACACAUAACUCUUAUAACACCAUGAAUUGUCUUUUUUUUGGCUCUUAGGAAUAAAAGCCUCUGAUUGUGUUUUUGCUUUUUCUUAUCAACCUUAAACUGAAAGUCUAAGACUAUAAUUCAAGGCUAACUUGUCUUUCACUAAGAAAAAUGUAACACUUCUAUAAGUGACUAUGAUGUUUUGAAAUUGUAAAAUAAAACAACAAACCUAAGCUUUUAAAAA